AGGCUUACGCAUGUAGUGAGUUUGAAUGAAAAUCGUAACUGUGCCAGCUGUGGCAUGAGUGACACAAAUAUUCCCGUGUUCGUUCGAUUCCCCGCGGCCGCUUCGGAAUGAUGGAAAACCCUCGCCCACUGCCGAAAAUAUUCUCCACCUGCCUCAUCGAAGGAUCGAAUGAGAGUGAGGACCGAUUUGAGAAGGCUGCACAUUUUUUGCACACUACCAUAAAUGGACUGUCAGAAAAGGAAACGCAUGAUGCGUUGAUCACAGCUGUUGCUCGUGGACCGAAUGUACACGAAGAUGUAUCAAUUGGUUUUCUUCAUCGAAUCCUCACGGACCCUCCAACUGCCGCUCGCUCAUUCAGGGACAUUACUCUCAUAGCACGAGAUGGACUGCAGUUCGUUGUUGGGAAUGUUUCCAUCUUGUUGGGAAAAAAGUUUCAUCGACUAUCAGACACUUCUCGAGUUCAAAUUGUUUGGCUUUUGAAAGAAAUGAUGAGGAGUAACGUCUCUGGAGUGGAUAACCUAGUGGCCAUGAUGCUUCGUCAUUUAUGCGGCGGAGAUCUCAGCGAGAGAAACGUGUCCCUCAUCGGAAUAGUAUUGGACGCGCUCAUGGAGUGCAGAGCGUGGCUGGAGAAGUCGCCUGUGACGGUUGCGCUCGUAGUUUCGACUUACUUGCGAUUGUUGGAGGAUCACAUUGGACCAGGGUUGGAAGUGUUACGUGUGAAAGAAGCCUCGUUUGUUGUAUCGCUGUUGAGAGAACGGUUUCAGGACUGCCUAUGGAUAGGCCGAGAUCUCGUGCGCCUUUUACAAAAUGUUGCUCGUAUUCCUCAAAUUGAAGCAUUUUGGAAGGAACUUCUAAAUUCGCCGUCGACUAUUCAACCCAAUUUUCCAGGUGUGACGCAUUUGCUUCAAAUUCGAACUCCAAGAAGAGUUCUCAUGACUCGGAUCUCACCAGACAUGGAAGAGAAACUUGUAUUCAUUGCGAACAAAGUUGAAUUUGGACAUCAAAAACGUUAUGAAGAUUGGUUCUCAACAAAAUAUCUCAGUUCUCCGGAGUCCAGCACCUUGGUCAGCGACCUGAUUCGAUAUAUCGUAGGCGUUAUUCAUCCUACAAAUGAGCAACUGUGCUCAAACUUAAUCCCAAGAUGGGCCAUCAUCCUGUGGUUACUGCACACGAAUCGAUCGAUGAUCAGCGGAUCGAACGCCCGUUUGGCCCUUUUCUACGACUUUCUAUUUUUCCAAACUGACCAAGACAACAUCAUGAAUAUCGAACCCGCUAUAUUGUUAUUACUGAACACUGUGAAACCGAACCCGAUGUUCUGCGCUUCAAUGCUGGAUUAUUUGUGCCGAAUUUCGGUGAACUUCAUGCCAUGGGCUGCUGAUUUCGUUACCGCCGGGAUUUCGAAUUCGUUUCGGCACAUACUCGAGAAACGUGUUGUGCCAUCGUUGGAUUUUCUGCUGGCGAAUCCCAGCCUCGACCGAACAUUGUUAGCUUCAUUAAUGGAGUAUUUCGGAGAGUUCUUCACGACGGAGAAGACUGUACCUGCGCCCGCUGGAAUCGUACCUUCUGAACCUGAAGACCCUGGCCUGAAUGGGACCAAAACUCAAGAAUCUACUCCGUCGCCCACAUUCAGUGAUGACGAAGACGAAAAGAGACAAGAUGGCAGUGAGGAAUCUGAAUCCGACGAAGACGCGAAAGAAAAAAAGGUGAAAGAAGAUCCAGGCGUGCCGGAGGGUUCAAGCGAAUUGCUCGUCAGCUUAUCCCGGUUCAAGCAUUUGCCCGUUGUGGAAACGCGAUCAGUAGUGGGCGACAUCUCUCAUUUGCUUUCCAAGAUCGACGAUACUCUGCGGAACAAGAUGAUGAAGCUGCGGAAGUUGUUGAAGCAAAUGCGUGUGGAAACGCUCGACGAAGAAGCCCGGGAUGAAGCCAAAGACGAGGCGUGUGCCGUGGUGCGAGAGCUUGUGUUUUGUCUGUGCGACAAGUGGGAACGUGGACGGGAAGAGAUGGCUGAACCCUUGGCUGCUAGUUUGUGUGCGGUGUUGGGAGACCAGCUGGAAGGUCCCUUGCUGCCCGAGAAUCCGACCGAGGAGAAUUUGCAGAAGAGUAUUUCCUUGCCGAUAUUCGCCGUGUUUGAGAUCAUCUCCGAAAUGGGGAAGGAGGACCACAAGCGGCAGCCCGUGAUUAACUUGCUCGCUGAAAUGUACUCCGUCCGCGUCGCGGUCGGCUAUCGACUUCUGUACUACCUCAAGGUGAAACGGAAAGACCUCGGAGAAGGUUGUUGGGGAGUGUAUCGCGACAUGUGCAGAGGCCUGCAGGCGGAUUUGCAAAUUUCCCUUCAGCGGGACGUUGAAUUUUGCCAAGACGAAGAUCCGGAUUUGUUCGUGUGGCUCAUGCCGGAAUUGUACAAAGCUUACCAAGAUCAGGCACUGCCAAGUUGCGACAUCAUGCGCAUGUUCCUGUCAUUACUCGACUAUCCCCGUCUUCAUCAUCUCAUAAGUGAUGUGAUGCGCAGCGAAGUUCGCUUCUUGAAGCCGAACACCGUUGCGAAAAUGGUGUCUGCCAGCUACGAUUGGGACCAGUGGGUGCAAGCAUGUCUGUGGCAACUGAUACUCGCGCACAACUUUUCAAUAGCCACGCUGGUCAACUGCUUGCCGCUUCCUAAAAAGCAAUGUUCCGUCGCUGCCGUCCACUUGCUCAGCAUGGUGCGCAACACGGAGCCCACUCAGGAAAUGGUGUCUCGCGUGCUCGCCUGUCCAGUCACGUGUGACAAUUCCCCGGUCCAGUCCGAAUUCGUCCUCACCGUGCUCAGUCAUUGGGAAGAUUGUUGCGGGCGGCAGGUGUCUGGGUACGUGGCGGCCGUGUUGACGAACCUGGCGUCGAAUGCGGCGUCUAUGUCGCCGUCGAAGCGGAAACGCGGGUCCGGGCCCGGCGGCAAAAACGCUGUGCCCACACUGGACUCUGCACUCAGUCACUUGUGCACAUUUAGUCGGGAACGUGGGCCGAGGACCCAGGUGUUGGGCAGUGACGAGGUCAUGGUGGCGCUGAGAGCAGUAGAAGAGGUUUGCUCUGCGGAGCAGAAGAAAGACUUUCUUGAGGUACUGAGCAAAGCACAUGGAUAUGCACCAAAGGCUGUGCGGGGUUCGGGUAAAGGCGGGGGUCGGGGCGGCGGUGCAGGCAGAAAAGCGGGAAGCAACCGGAGCAAAAGCAAAGUGAAGAAGCUGAGCACGUCGGAAGAGGAGGAGAGUGAAGAUGAGGGCCCAACGCUGAAGCCAAAGCGACGGCGGCAACAGCAAAUCACCUCGGACAGCGAUUGAUCCCUGGUGGUGACGAGGUGAUGCUGAAGCUGAUGAGCUGUGUUUUCGGGCUUCUGCCCUAUUUUCUCUUAACGCUGUCCGCUCUGAUUUUGAUUUUUAUUCAUUGUGCUGAGGGCGAAUUGAGUUCUUUUUUUAAUGGCAACUCAUUGAAAGCGUCUCAGUUGAUUCAAGAUGUGUUGCGUUUUUUUUUUGUGCCUCGUGUAAUUCGCCUCCUUUUUUGCCGUCACUUUGAAACUUCGUUUGAUACUUGAGAAGUAAAAACUGUUGAUGGAUUUUACCAAA